UCCGUGAAUCUGACUUAAGGAAUACCAAAGCUGAAUUGGCGUUAUAUAUGCCUUCUUUGCUUUGCUGCCUUGGUGGAGUGGAAUGCUUGUCAACUACUCCUUUACCCCUUUACCUUCCCACUCCCUCUCCUCCCUCCAUCUCCUCUGCUCAAAGCUAAAAGCUAAGAAUCUAGAGAGAGAGAGAGGUGUUUGAUCUUUGAGUAUAUAUGGAGAAGUUCAAGUGCAAGCUGUGUUUGAAGCAGUUCGUGAAUGGGAAAGCUCUGGGCGGACACAUGAGAUCGCAUUUGGCGGUGCUGCCGCUCCCGCCCAAGACGCCGCCGCAGAAGCAGCAGGAUUCCAUGGACGGCGGCGAGUCCACCCUGUCGCUCUGCUCGUCGAUCGUGAGGUCGGUAGAUCCUGAUCCUGAGUUUCUGGAUAGGGAGAGCGAGAGCGAGUCGACUCGGAAUCCUACUCGGAGAAGAUCCAAGCGAGCGCGGAGGGUGUUUUUCGGAGAAGCCGAGGAGGAGGAAGAGAAGGGCAAAGCGAAGGUGGCCGAGUCGUCGUCGUCGAGUUCGUUCUCCGAUGACGAGGAGAUCGCGAGGUGUCUCAUGACGCUGUCGCAGGAUGUGUGGUCCAAAACUGGAGAGAAGUUCCAAUGCCAGAUUUGUUGCAGACACUUCAAGUCUUCACAAGCUCUGGGCAGUCACAGAACAACCCACAACAGGGGUGAAAUCCAAGAACAAAAACCCAGAAAUCUCCCCGGGGUUAAAAUAAUGCAUGAAUGCCCAUUUUGCGGCAAGCUCUUCGGGUCGGGUCAAGCAUUGGGUGGGCACAAAAGAUCACACUCCCCAACAACAAAAACACCCGCUUCCAGUUCAUGUUCUUCAAAGCUCAUCAUAGAUCUCAACUUGCCAGCUCCAAUGGAGGAUGACGAUGAACCAGAAGCAGAGGUAUCUGCAGUUUCAGAUGAAUUCCGGAGGGUAGAUAAGUAAAACAACAACCCAUAUUUUCGAUUUUUUUUAUAAAAAAAAUUAAUUUAGGUUCUUUGAUUUUUGUAAUCUUGUGAAAUGGGUAAUUGUAGUUUCCAUUAAUAGUGAGGAGAAAA